ACCAUAUCCAUCCUUCACUCACUUCCCCCCUUCCUUCAUUCCCCCUCCUCCAUUCAGUCUCUCCUCCCCCAGCUCUCUUUGUUGCAGGGUGUGUGUACAGCUGCAGUGAAGGGGCUGUGAACAGCAUCCUGUAUCCCUCCAUCACCAGACAGACAGGCAGCACAAUGAAAGGGGAUACCCCCGUGAACAGCACCCUGAGUGUUGGGCAAGCCAGGAAAAUGGUGGAGCAGCUUAAGAUUGAGGCUUCCAUGUGUCGUAUUAAGGUCUCAAAAGCUGCUUCAGACCUUAUGACUUUCUGUGACGCCCAUGCCUGCGAAGAUCCCCUCAUCACUCCAGUGCCCACUUCCGAAAACCCUUUCAGGGAGAAGAAAUUCUUCUGUGCUCUCCUCUGACACAUCCUCAAGACUAAUGAACAACCCUCUGAAACCUGUCCAACAAUGAUGGAUCUCUCCAUGCACAUUUUCCAACUCUUCUCCACCUAGGGGUGGUUUUAAUAGUAACCCACAUAUCCUUGAGGAGGCUGAGAGAAAGUUAAAUUUAAAGUGAAAAAUCGCACCAGUCUAUUGUUUAUGGGGAAGGGGGCUUUUGUUGUAAAUCUCCUCUACUGUUGCUCCAUGUUGGGAGAUAUUCACGUCAGUAUUUAUUUGUAAAUUAAGCCAACAGUAAUUAAUAAAUCUUAAAGUAUUGAAAUUCA